AUGAGCCCGUCUGCCAUCAAUGACAGCCCACGAAACUCGGUAGCCUACCAUAACAAUGGUAGCGCUACGUCAACACACACAGAUGCGGACUAUGCUGUCCGCCAUCCCCUCCCCAGCUUCAAUGGCUACGACCAUGUGACCUGGUGGGUAGGCAACGCUAAACAGGCCGCCGCAUACUACUCAACUCUCUUCGGCAUGAAGCCGAUAGCCUACCGAGGCCUUGAGACGGGGAGCCGGUAUUUCACAUCCCACGUCGUCGGCAAUGGCGACGUGCGCUUUGUGUUCACGUCCCCAAUCCGUUCGGCCGUCCACCUCCCCGAGGAUGAGCCCAUCUCAAAGGCCGAGAAGGCCCUCCUCGUCGAGAUGCACGCUCAUCUGGAGCGACACGGCGAUGCCGUCAAGGACGUCGCCUUCGAGGUCGAUUCCGUGGAAGGCGUGUACAGCCGCGCCGUGGCUCAGGGCGCCGAGUCCGUCCAGCCCCCGGUUGUCCUGAGUGACAAGGGCGACGCCGGCUCCGUGACCACUGCGGUGAUUCGCACAUACGGCGACACGACGCACACGCUCGUCAGCCGAAACGGCUACAAGGGCAUCUUCCUCCCCGGAUUCCGUGAGGCGAAGCUGCCCACUGCCACGGUCGCCCUGCCGGACGUCCAGAUGGCCCGCAUCGAUCACUGCGUCGGCAACCAGGACUGGGACGCCAUGGUGGCGGCGUGCGAGUUCUACGAGCGGUGCCUGAGCUUCCACCGGUUCUGGUCCGUCGAUGACAGCCAGAUCUGCACCGAGUUCUCUGCGCUCAAGAGCAUCGUCAUGUCGAGCUCCAACGAGGUCGUCAAGAUGCCGAUCAACGAGCCGGCACUCGGCAAGAAGAGGUCGCAGAUCGAGGAGUACGUCAUCUUCAACUCGGGCGCGGGCGUCCAGCACAUCGCCAUCCAGACGCCCGACAUCCUGUCCACCGUGUCCGCCCUGAGGGCACGCGGCGUGCAGUUCAUCGACGUGCCCGCCACGUACUACGAGACGGUCUGCAUGAGGCUCAAGACGGAGAAGAGGAGCUGGGAGCUGCAGGAGGACUUCGAGGCCAUCCAGAGGCUGAACAUCCUGAUCGACUACGACGAGGGCGGGUACCUGCUGCAGUUGUUCACGAAGCCGCUGAUGGACCGGCCCACCGUGUUCAUCGAAAUCAUCCAGCGCAACUCCUUCGACGGCUUCGGAGCGGGCAACUUCAGGAGCUUGUUCGAGGCGAUCGAGCGUGAGCAGGCGGACAGGGGAAAUUUGUGA